AUGGGACCCAAUACAUGGCAACCAGAGAAGUACUCGUUACGUGCGGUGCUCUUUAAAACACCUCAGUUGCUGAUGUUAUCCGGCAUUGGGCCCCAUCAGCACCUCGCACAACAAAAUAUCCCCACCAUCGUAGAUCUACCGGUUGGAGAAAACUACCACGACAAGAUCUCGGCGACCUUCUUCUGGAAGCUACGAAACCCGGAGAAGGGAUACGCACUCGGCUCCCCACUCUUCAACAAGCCCGAGUUUCGGCACGGCAACCCUAUCGAAUGGAUUGCAACAGUUCCGACCCCACACGCGCAGCUCAUCAAGGCCGCUCAACAAGACCGAAUGGACCUCGAAGACCCAUACCUGCAGGAACCCCGCGGCAACGCCGAGGUGAUGGUAGCCUACGCCCCAAUCGCCGGCGGUGGUUCGGAAUUCCGUGUCCCUAUGGACGGAACCCACAUCAGCAGCCCCGUGGCUCUUCUUCUUCCAACCAGCCGAGGCCGUAUCACGCUCGCGAGCGCCGAUCCCACCGCCGAUCCAGUCCUGGACCCAAGAUAUCUCGACACCGAGACAGAUCGUGCCGCGAUCCGCGCGGGUAUGCGAGUCGCCUUGCGCAUUAUGGAAACCGAUUCUGCAAAGGAGGUGAUCGAUGGCGAGACACCGCCACCGGGCCAGGAGCCUCUCACUAGUGCAUGCAGUGACGCGGAGCUAGACCGACGGGUGCAGACCGUGGGGAGUAGCUUUUUCCAGAAUGGAGGGACGGCUGCGAUGGGGACGGUAGUGGAUACUCAGUGUCGGGUGAAGGGCGUUCGGAGCCUCCGAGUUUGCGAUGCCAGUGUGCUCCCCAUACCACUAGCAUGUCAUUACCAGGCUCCUAUGUACGGUUUCGGAGAAGCAGUGGCUGAUAUGCUGCUUGCUCGGUAG